UCGUGAGCGCGUGCCAUUCUGCGCACGAGCGUCUGUUGAUUUUCUCUAAAAACCCAGCUCGCAUAGAAAAGACGUUCUCAGCGUUUAACCGCGUGCCGGCAAUUGGCAGAUCAUUUCCAACGUUUAGCAAAUGAAACCACGUGCAAGCAUCUGUUCGCUCCAAUCAACUGAUGUAAACGGAGCGAAGCGGACCUUUGUGGGAGCAAUUGCGUUUCCGUGGCGCGGAGGUAGAUCUCUAUUAGUGAGUGUGGAACCCAUUGAAUUUGUGCUGAAAGCGGAAUAAUACGGUCAUUUAAAUAGCGGGGAAACGGAUAUUACCGGGCGCGUCUAAUUAAUCAGCUGUUUUAUGCUUAUUUGGAAACACACGGAUUCGACUGUGCAUAGUCAAUAGCGUUUUAUAUGAAAAAGAACCUAUUAUUACCUGGAUGCACGGAGUAUUGUGCGUUUUCUUUUGUCGUUGGAGUGUAAAUUACGCAUGGGCGAUAUUUUUGCUAGUAUUUGGACGUCCACUUAUUCCUUUCGUCUUUUUAUGACUGAAAACUCUAUUUUGAAACUGACAUCUUUUGUAGACCAUCCAGGAUUUAUUCGCCUUUAAAUGAGAUGCUCUCCCUUCGCCAGUGCCACAAAACUGCGUCUUUUUCUACGAACCAAGAGCUGUAAAGAAGCGCAAGACCCCAUCUCUGUGAAUAGUGCGAGUGCUGCAUCAUCUCAUUCAGUUUGCUGUCAGCCAAAAGACGGGCAACAAUAACUUUGAACGGUUAUUGAGUCUCAUUUCCCUCGGUCAUUGUCCACUGAUUCGAAGCGGGCAGCUGUUGCAACACACGCAGUGAAAAUCCAAGACUAGCAAAGGAAAAUUGAAGCCAAGACGAAGAGCCAUCAGCCUGGAUGAAAACGACUGGAGUCCUGGCCAGGAAUACAAGUCGUCUUCUCUUCUAAAGCAGAUGAACUAUCACUGUUUUUGUGUGCCAGGGGCUUUUUGAAAGGAUGUUGAUUUGCACAGAUUGAAGAUUUUCUCUUUGACUUUUUGCUACCAAAAGCAGUGCCAAACUCUUAACCGUGCCAACCAGAAGCAAGAAAUUAUUUCAUUAGUAUUUUUGCAGUUUCAUUGAUCCAUUUGAAACUAAAUUUUCACCCGACAUUAGUUCACAAUUGUUACCUUACCUUCACUAUUAGUUUGUUUUUUAAAAUAAUAGCAUGUAACGGUUCCCAAGGUUGAAAGUUUAUAUGUGCAUCACUUAGUACAAGUCAAAAAACAACAAGCAGCUCCCCAAAAUAGGGAAAACAGUGCAUUAUUGGUUAAACAUGCUUUAUGUAAGAGUGGCCGUUACGAAUGCAUUAGCCUGAGAGAGUUUGGAUCCUGAUCGAUUGAUCGAUGGCUGGACGGCUUAUGGAUGGCUGGCACAAGCCUCAUUAAACUUUCCAAAGUGAGCUGCUGCUAAUUCUGUUGAUUAGUCGUCCGUUCCUCUCACUAAGGCCCAUUUAACUCAUCCUCUCCAUCAGAUCUCUUUAGUCAUCCAUCUCGUUUGGUCCUCCCGCCUCUACAGAACCCUCAGAAGUCUCUGAAGGGUUUAGAUACUGAAGCCAUACGUCUCAUAGCCAUAUUAACGUCAAGAUCUCUGCCAUCGCUGCGAGGAUUCGGCUUGGUCAGUCGGGAAGAGCAGGUGCAUGGGUAUAUUCAGGAAUAUCUUUAGAGGUGUGAAUGUUCAACGGUGGCCCAGGUUUGACGUUCCGUAAUCUGCCAUAUUCACCAGCGAGCCAUUGAGGCAUUUACUGUCUUGACUGCGGGAUGACGUUCGAAGUUGUCCCACUACUUGAAAAGACGCUCUUUAACACUUAGGAUAGGUCUUUUGGUGCGCUUGCUUGACGUUCUUCACGUGUUCCACAUUAACGGAUGAAUCCUGACUUGUUCAUGCCUGUUCAGUGGGCUCAACCAUGCUGUCCUGCCAGAACUGGGCCCAAGCCCCCGUUUGUUUUAUUCUGUUGGGUUGAGCUAAAUCCAGAGCAGAGACACUCACACAAGAGGGUCCAACACACAUAGACCCACAAACUUUACCUAGACUCAGUCCAUCCUUCCAUUUCCUCUCUUCCUUUCUGGCCUGACUUGUGUCAUCAAACCAGGAACUAGUAUAUACCUGCUGCUUGUUACACUUCUUGAGUGUCCUAACCGACCUACACUCUUCCAAAGCCUUCGUAAUGAGCCUUUGUCCCGUGGUGCCACCUUUAGAGAAAAGAUCAGCUCUUCCCCAUUUCUGAACUCUUUAUAGUUUCUCGCUCAUUGCUUCGUCCUACCUUUACCUCUAGCCUCAAUUACUUUCUCCUGAAACUCGAAAAAAGAUGGAGUACCACUGACACUGUAAGUUUGAUUAUGUGGACUGCACAGCAGAACCUCAACGACCCUUGUAAGUCUCACAAGACAUUCUCAUUGACAAUUAAAUCCUAAAGCGGCAACCAACUGAGAUUUGUUUACAAGACGAUAUUAGUUCUUGGAGCUGACGAUGACAAUUGUUUACAAGUCACACGGAAUAGCUGAGCACUAGAAACUGUUUCUUUCUGUUCGGUUGUUUAGUGAGUCGACAACUGAAGUGCCAACCAGAAUAGAAAACAUUUGGUUUACACUUGAACAGAAAUGUUUACAUGUUGCCCAUAAGGUGAAGUCAGAUUGAGUCUUGAAUAAAUUGUUAGUGCCAUAGAUCAGUUCAGUUACACCGACUUAAACAAAACCACCUUUAAUUAAGAAAAAGCUGAGCCCAUGAUUUUGUGACACUUUAAAGGUUUACAAUGGCAAAAUAUACAUAACAACUUAAUUGCUUACAUUAAAAGAGUCAAAUAGUUGUUCAUUUCAUUUUCAUUUCAUUUGAUAUAAUUUGCUCAUUGAGAAGAUUCCAAAUACUUAAUUUUGUGCCAAAUCAAAAUUUUCAAACAUUCCAGCUCUCACCCAUUAAGCAUAAAACUCAUAUAUAAAUGACCUCAUUCUAGUUAAUAAUUUCCUCCGAAAUAUGUUUACAUCCUAACUGAGAGUCUCAUGCUUAUUUUCUUUAACCCGAACUCCUGCACUUGAAUGUGCACUUUGCAUAUUAAAUCAUUUGCAUACUACUGUAUGCACACGUGAAAGAGAGAUUAACUUGUCUACAUGUCUUAUAUAUUGCCACACUGACUUGCAACUUUUGAUAGACUUCAGCUUUUUGUAGUCCUCGGAAGUCUUUUGUACGAAGGCUUCACAUUUUUUUCAUCUUUGAUAAAAUCAACGCCCAUUGUAUCAAGAUGCCACCCGCUGCCAUCUUGCUUUUCUUCCUGUUUGGCCCUGUGGUCUCUACAGUGACUAUUACCUCGGAACGCUCCUCCGUGAACGGGGGUCCAGUGCUGCUUCUGUUGCGAGGACGCAGCCGCAAGUUCCCUCCACAGGAUGUGAGGGGCAAGGAGGCGGCAGCCAUGGCGGCAGAGCCAGAGGCAGCUGAGGUCCCUCCGAGACCCCUGCCACAAAUUAUGCUACCCCGCAAUGUGACGGCCGAUGCCCUGAAACCCCCGCUGGGUGCAGCGCAGGUGGCACCUCCUCCUCGGCGCCUGGUGGACGUGGACGUGUGUCAGGGCUACUACGAUGUGAUGGGACAGUUCGACAACACUUUCAACUGCACCAAGGGCACCUACAUUUACUGCUGCGGCACCUGUCAUUAUCGCUUCUGCUGCGAGCACCAGCGCAGCCGUCUAGACCAAGACUCCUGCACUAAUUACCGCUCACCCGACUGGGCCGUCACGGCGGGACCCAUCACCCACACCCCAGUCCGACAUGACCCAGACUUCGACCCACUGCAGCAACAGAGCAACAACACGCCUUACGUCAUCGGAGGAGUCAUCUCGUUUACCAUGGCCGUGGCCAUUGGGGUUAAAGUGGCCUUCCAUAAACUGUCUCGACGACCGAGGAACAGAGACAUCAACAUGCCUAGAGCGCUGGUGGAUAUUCUGCGUCACCAGUCCAGUCCGGUCCAGCAAGGAGAGAGGAACAACAGCACGGUCCUCACAACCGCCACCUCCAGUGAGGGCAUGCUGGGGCGGACAUCGAAAAACUUCUACACUCCCGUCCUCCAGAGCAAAGACAACCGGACUGGGAAACACAGUUUUGGCCAGACUGGGUCCAGUCCUAAACACACAGCUACUAUCGAGCGAGUUCCACGCAUGAACAACACCCAGCUGGCCUCAACAGGAACACUGCUGUCCAGCAAGCACAAUAAUUCUGGCUAUCACCCCUCCUUCUCUCACUCCUUCCACAACCUUGCCCAGCUACCUCCAUCAUACGAGACUGUCAUGAAACCAGAGCUCAACCGCUACAGCUCCCUCAAGAGGCUAGAGAAAAACUUGGAUGAAUAUUCUGGAUAUUACAGCUCCAAGCGACGGCCAGAUAAUGCUCCUCCCAGCUUUCACUCCUCCCAGCACCACCUUCCUUGGGGUGGUGAAUUCACACUGGGUGCCCGGGGUACCCUCCCUCUAAACACAUCCCGUACACGCAUCCACAUGCCCACUUCCACCCCCAACCCCUACCCUCUACCCCAGACACAGUACAUCCCCACCUUUGACAUGAUGAGUAAACCACCUCGCCGGGUGAUGUCCCAAGACCAGCUUCUGGCUCUGGGGGAGGGGAACACUCUCUCACGCCUCUCCAAGAACCAGCAGCAUCAGUACUACAAACCCAUGACCACCAGCAAGAGCUCCAACACUCAGACUUUACGCAAGUCUCAUGAACGCCUCCUGGUCUCUCCAGACCGCCUGGAGGAGCGAAUGAUGGGUGAUUAUGGCGGGAUGGUGCCCACCAUGUCCCGUCUCACGCACCACCAGAAAGCGCAAUCCCAGCAAAACGUAUGCGUGACGCCCUCGCUUGACCGCCAUCACAUGAUAAAAAUGAAUUCGCACCCUACCUCUGGCCGUGAGCAGGACCACACAGUCGCCACCAUGUCCUCCGGCCACGGGGCCGGGACUUUGGGAUGGGGUGAGGUCCACGGCUCCGGAGGAGGGCCCGGAGCGAUGGCACACAGCGCUCGCCGGAUGGCCUUCGCCACGAAACGCCAGAACACCAUCGAACAGCUGCAUUUCCUUCCCGGAGGAGGUGGGGGAGGGAGCGCAGGGGGUGGAGGUCAGGCACUGAGGACGGGGAGCAAGAACGAAGUAACCGUGUGAGCGCAAAAAAAAUAUAUUAAGGAGACAAUGGAUAGAUCAGGUGUGAUUGCGCAAGCCGAAGAGAGGGAAGACGGUGGAGUGUAAAGAAGGCUGAAGAACGGAAAGGAGGAAGUAAAUAAGAAAGGGGUCAGAAAUCAGGCCCAAAUGAAUGGAAUACACAGUGUGUUGUUAUUGAGAGAAAGAUGGAUGUAAAAACCAUAGUAUAAGUGAUUCUGUUGAUCCCUAAAUUGGCAAAUUCUCCAUAAAUAGGAAUGUGAAGAAUGGCCCAGGUCUCCUCUGACCUGGGAGUAAUAUAUAGUGUCUCAAUGGCUCUAUUUAGACAUGAUCUGAGGAGAUGCAAAAAAGAAAAGGUUCAUUACUAGAAUAGGCCAAGUUUUCUCUAUUUAGUACAUUUAAGCUGAUGUAAAAGCCAGUUGGUUUAGGGGUUAAUUUAUUUUUCCUGAAUCCAAUCAUACAGUUGACCUUGCCUCUGAAUGUUUGGCUUCAUUCAAUGCAAAAAGUGUUAUUCUCAAAGAGGUGCAUCACAGUCAUCAUUAAACUAAGGGAACAAUGAGAUAAACUGGAUGAAACUGACAAGUGUCCAAUAGUACACUGAAUUACCUCACGGAAACUAUGAUUUGACCUGUCUCAAAUCAGAUCUGACUUGACUCGGGAAUGGAUUACUGUGCACGUUAAGCAGUUUGCCAUCAAGUGAAGAAAACACUAGUAAUCCGUCACAGAGAAGAACUUGAGGACUUGAAAAAUGUCACUUGUUUUGUGACCUGACUCUUUAGUCUGCACUGUUAAUAUUAGUCCAAACGCCAUCAGCCAUAUUAGAGCUUAUUCAUAUGAAGUAUAAUGGAGGAAAACAUCUUCAUUGGGAGACGGGUGUUAUACUGAUGAUCAGAGAUUUUUCGCCUUGUAUACUGAGACUGUGAAUCAAAGCUGACAUGAAUACUUGACAGUUUGAUUUUUUUGCAUUGUGGAUAAAAUUUAGGCUUAUUUAUGAUAUGAUCAAAAGGCGGUCAGAUAGAUGGGGAAAUCAAGUCUGAACUAAAAAUGCUUGAGCAGACAGACAUUUGGAAAAUGAAUUCAGCCAUUGAAAUCUGAUAGAAGUCAUGCCUCUUUCUUGCAUGUUUGACUAAUCAGAGAACAGCUGGAGUUAUUACGGUUGUUCUGUUAUUUAUAAGCGUUAAGAGCUGAGAUUUAUUCAUGGGCAUGCGGUAAUGUCAAAUAAGACAGCAUACUCUUCACACUUAAUUUGCUACUCAAGCUGUUGUAUUGAGGGGGAAAGGGGAAAGGGUUGGUUAUACAAUGGACAAUUUAAUCCAAGGGCUAUUCUGAAACUUAUUCAUUUGUGUCUGUGCUUCCGUGUUCUGACGGCUUUUUAUCUUUUCCCGAGGCUACGUGCCAAUGAGUGUACAAAACAGAAAAAUAGAACAAAAUCUGCAAAGCUACUUCAAACACUCUUUGUCACUGUAGGAUACAUUAUUAUCUAACCAAUGAGUUAGGAUUUAGGAUUAAAAGGUGUCUUGUUUAUCUAUACUAUAUUCAAGAAAAAUGUAUUUUUUGUUUGCAAUUUCAGUUUUUCAGCAUUCUCCACAUCAAAUGGACACUGUUGUGGUGGAAUGUCUGAGACCGACCUGGCUGAGCAAAAUUAUUGGGCCAUUAUAUAGUAUUUUAGAUCAGUCAGCAAUGUUUAAGCUUUUAUUACUGUAACUUUAACUCAAUUUAAAAGCAUUGAAAAAGGUUUUUUAUAUAU